AUGGAACCCAGCAGGGAACAUUAUUACGAUAUUAGUAAAAGAUAUCUGACAUUAAUCGGUCAAUGGCCUUAUCCAAAACCGAAAGAGAGUUUGUUUUUCUUGAUCUUUAUUCUUAUUUUUGAUGCCAGUAUUCUCGUUACACAGAUUAAAGAUCUUACAGAUCGCUUAUCUAUAGAUUGGGAUAUGCUCGAGACUAAGACAGAACGUGAUAUUAUGAGAAGAUAUGCCGAAAAUGGCAGAUGGUACGUGUUAAUAUACAGCUCAUAUAUUUAUAUAUCUACCAUUUCAUUUACAACAACCUCUCUCAUGCCACGCAUCUUGGAUGUCAUAUUUCCCUUGAAUACUUCUCGUCCUGUAAUGAUGCCAUAUCCAGCGUAUUAUUUCGUUGACGAAAAUCGAUAUUUUUACUACAUUUUUCUGCAUAUGAUAAUUUGCUCUACUAUAUCUGUAAUUGGCUUAAUCGCACACGAUUGCAUGUUUUUUACUUACAUCGAACACAUUUGCGGCCUUUUCGCCAUCGUUAGAUUUGCUAAACUUCUCGAAGAUACUUUCUCGGUAUCGUUUGCUGUGCAAAUCCUGUUAAUUACGAUCUGCUUGAGCAUUACCUUGGUACAAGUGGCCAAACUUAUUCAAUGCGACGGAAAUACGCGAUGUAUUCUAUUAAUAAUACCAGCGCUUAUGUUGAUGAUUAUGAUUCUGGUGAAACUGUACACGUGCCACUUUAACAGAAGCAAAAUAAAAAUUCUCACUGAUCACCUGAUUAGCGACUGGGAAAAGUUGAAAGGCGCGGAGGAGUACGAAAUUAUGAAAACUUAUGCCGCGAACGCGAGAUUGCUUUCUUUGGCAUAUUGCUACGCAAUGAAUAAAAGUCUGGACGACGUAUACGAUCAGAAGAUCGCAGACUCUGUAUACGCACACCGGCGAGCUUUACGGUUUGCGGAGCUCCUUGAAAAUACCUUCUACGUUGCUUUCGGCAUACAAAUAAUGAUAGUUACCGUUACAAUGAGCAUUUCCUUGCUACAAGUACAUAGAUCGUGUCACGUUAUCACUCGCAUUUGCAUGCUUAAUACCAGGAGAGAUUAAAAUAUUGUAUUUAUCGCCUUCGAGAUUGCGAUGCAAAUAGACGAAAUUGCGGAAACGAUGAGGUACACGGCAUUCGUCAUUAGUCAACUGGUUCACUUGUUCUGCUACAGUCUGCAAGGCCAGAAAUUGAUAGAUCACAGCUUACAAAUGCGCAACAAGAUAUAUAAUUCUUCCUGGUACAAUAUACCCGCGAAAUCACAAAGAUUGCUUCUGUACGUGAUGCGAAGAAGCAUGCAACCGAAUUUUUUGAGUGCCGGCAAGAUUUAUGUCUUUUCUCUGAAGAGCUUCACCACGAUAGCAAAAUUUGUCGUGUGCGAUAACGCGCAGUGUAUUUAUGAAACUUUACCACCACAUAUGCUGACAGUGAUGAUUCUAGUGAAAAUUUUCACGUAUCAAUUUAACAGCCGAAAAAUUAAAGAUCUCACAGAUCGCUUAUUCGUAGACUGGGAUAUGCUCGAAACUGUGGAAGAACACAACAUUAUGAGAAAAUUUAGAUUUGAAAAUGUGUCACAUAAACGUAGUAAUAUGGAAAAAAGUCUAAUCGAUUGUCUGGAUGAUGGGUAUCACAGAAAUGUUGUUUUUUCGAUUCGCACUCAUCGAAAAGCUUUACGGUUUGCAAAACUUCUCGAAGACACCUUUUCGAUAUCGUUCGCUGUGCAACUCUUGAUCGUUACAAUUGGCUUGAGCAUUACCUUAGUACAACUGUCGAUGCAGUUACAUGACUUAGCAGAAGCAAUGAGAUACUUCGUUUUCAUUAUUGCUCAAUUGUUUCACUUGUUCUGCUUAAGCUUCCAAGGACAAAAGCUGAUAAGUCAUAGCCUCGAAACUUGCGACAAAAUAUUUCGGGGUUCGUGGUUUACAAUACCAGUGAAGGAACAAAGAUUGCUCUUGUUCGUGAUGAGGAAAAGUAUCGAAGCUACUGUCUUAACCGCCGGAAAGAUAUACGUAUUUUCUCUAGAAAAUUUUACAGCGGUCGUGCAAAGUUCGAUGUCGUACUUUACGUUACUAUCGUCCUUUAACGUGUCGUGA